CUGAAGACAGCACUCAGCUGAAUUGCUUUUUGCUUCAUUGAAGAUCUGUCUCUACUCAGAGGGAAUAUGCCUUGGGGUAUCGUCUUUCAGUAUUAACCAGAGCCAUGGCAAAGUGUAUGACAAAACCCACAGGCUCUGAAUCCAGCAACUGCUCCAACAGAACUCUCGGACUGCGUGGUUGCUCUCCGUUUUACCCGGGGGAGGAGCGAAGGGAUAGGGAUCCCACCAACCAGGAGUUUGUGCUGUCAGAGGUGACGUCUCCAGAAGAGGAUAGUUUGGAGUAUCACACCUUGUAGGAGUGGGAAGUUGUUGAAGAUUUCUCUGGUGGACUUGUACAAAAAACACAAAUUUUCCUGCUCUAGGUGCUUUCUGGAUAAUGGCGAAGAUGGUGAGAACAACAUGUGCAUUUUGUUCAGAAGGGGAGGCUGGCUCUGUGAUGUAUAUCGCCACAGAGAGAAAUAUUGCAGCUCAUCAGGAUUGUCUGUUAUUUUCCUCAGGAUUUGUGGAAUCCGAAGAUCAUAACCCAGAAAAUCUAGAAAUAAGGUUUGAUGUGUCAUCAGUGUUAAAGGAGCUCAGGAGAGGAAAGCGGCUGGUGUGCAACUUCUGCCGCAAGAAGGGGGCCACGGUGGGCUGCGAGGAGCGCGCGUGCCGCAGGAGCUACCACUUCUUCUGCGCGCUCUGCGACGAUGCAGCCGUGGAGACCGACGAGGUCAACGGCGUCUACAGAGUGUUCUGCCCAAAACAUGACCCAGGGAAUAGGACCAAUCACUAUGAUGCAGCUAAUAAGAAAAGAAGACGUACAUUGACAUCUCCCACCAUCACAGAAGAAAUGAGUACAGAAGAGACAGCAGAAGAAAACCAUUUACAAAUACUGAAAAGGAAAAACAACAGGCAUAAAGUUCGAAUAGACUUUGUUAGGAAGUGCAAACAAGCUGGGCUUCUGGAUGACAUAUUUGAAGAAAUGCUGGACACACUUCACCUGGCUCAGGAAAAACUGAUGGAUGACAACACUUCAGAAACAGAGUAUGAAGAGACAGUGAUGGCACUGUUUGAUUGUGGACUGUUUGAAAAUAUACUGACAAAUAUUUAUUCAGGAACAGAAGAAAAAAUCCAGAAACUUCUGGAAAACAGAAAAAGACUGGAUCACAAGAUUGAGCUACUGCAGGACUUAAAAGAAGCCAUCCUUCCUACUCCAGAGAACACAGCCAGUACAUCCAGUACAGUGUCUGAAUAACCUCUCUCUGCGAUGGUGCAAUUGUUAGGAUUUUCUAAUGAUAAAAAACCAGAGCAGUCUGGUCAGUGCCCAAUUCCCUAAGAUGAGGGCUGAAUGGGUGCAAGAAUGUGGUGUUACACUCCUUUUUAUACCUCACUUUUGCAAUAAUUUCAAGUCCUUCAAGUUUUCAAAUUUUCAUCUUCAAAUUUUUGCCUGGUUCCACUAUAAAUUUUCAUUUAUAUUGCACAAUGGAAUAUAAAUGAGUGUUAUAGACCAAAUUUAGCUUUUGCAAAAACUGAAGAGAACCCUCCAGGGAAGAUUUUUUUUCUCAAAGCCAAGGGACUGUUCAGCUGCCAUAGAACACUUGCUAAAGUAAUUUAAAACUAUGGGAGCCCUCUCCUGGCUGGGCAGUAGCUGCUUCACUGUCUGUCUAGACAGUGAUGUUUGAAGGAUCAUAGUGCUGCUUUGGUUUUCCCAAAAAAGAUAAAUGAGCAGAAGUUGCACUCAAAGAAGGCUUCUGGAAUUUAAACAGGAGUUUAAUUUAAAAAGCCAAAUUAUUCUUCUUUAUUGAUGGGUCAAGGUGUACUGUUUCUGCUGCAGUGGCAGUGGUAAAGCAGUGUUUGCAGGCAGACCAGAAAGCGUUGGGCAUUCAGAAAAGAUACGAUGUCAAAUGGGGCAAAACAGUGACUGGAUCUUCCUUUAUCCAUUAAGAAAGGGUUCAAUUUUCAUGUGUUUUGUCUUUAAAAUAUUGUUUGAAUACAGAAAUGCAUUGUUUAGCCACAACAGGCUAAGUUAAUGAAAUAAAACAUUUUUUAAAGGA